AAUCGUGGAUGUUCUGUGUGUACGGGUUUUUGUUUUGCAUUUAUUAAUUUGUUGGUGUUGAAGUCUUCCGGGUUUAGAUUUUAAUCAUCUCUAUUUAGUUUUGUUUAAAUUUAUUUAGGGUGGGUUUUCACCUGCUAUGGCUGGAAUUUUGUUUGAAGAUAUUUUCGACGUGAAAGAUAUUGACCCUCUCGGCAAGAAAUUUGACAGAGUUUCUCGUCUUCACUGUGAGAGUGAGUCGUUCAAGAUGGAGCUGAUUCUGGAUGUAAAUACUCAGGUGUAUCCUGUAGAUCUUGGUGACAAGUUUAGAUUAGUAAUUGCCAGCACUCUCUAUGAAGAUGGUACACCAGAUGAUGGAGACUACAAUCCUGUGGAUGACAAACCUUCAAGGGCAGACCAGUUUGAAUAUGUGAUGUAUGGCAAGGUGUAUCGAAUUGAAGGGGAUGAGACAUCGACAGAGGCUGCGACCAGACUAUCAGCAUAUGUAUCAUAUGGUGGACUUUUAAUGAGGCUACAGGGGGAUGCAAACAAUCUUCACGGCUUUGAAGUGGACACCAGGGUUUAUCUGCUUAUGAAGAAACUUGCAUUUUAACAUUUUCCAGGAGUAACUAUGCUGAUAGACAUUUACGUACUAUGAAAGAAAUAAAUGAAACUGGUACCCCAUAUUUCUACUGGUCUUGCAGCACUUCUAGUGGUGUCUGUGGAAAGCAUCAUAACGGAUUAGUACGACUUUUGGGGCUGUCAUAACCUGAGUUCUUUUGAGGUGGUUUCACUCUAGGUACUGUGCAACUGUUGAGAGGCAGCUUCAAGUUUUUGAGAGGGUUGCUUGGAUGACAUCCUCUACCUGCCCUUCAGAGCAUCCUUUUUGUUGAAGAAAGACAUUGAGCAACAAAGUAACUUGCAUUAUUGUCUUCUGAAUAAAAUUCAUUAUUUUA